AUGGCUAAUAUUUCUACAGAUUCCAAUUCUGAACAACCUUGCAAGAAGACGUCCCCAUUUGCUGAUCUCAAGACAAGCGAUGAUACCAUUCUUUAUGCUACCUCGGACCGACAGAAAUGUCCAACCUGCUCAAGAAUGUUAAAGUACUUUUGUUACCGAUGCUUUACUGUCAUUGGAAUGGAUCGCUCUCAGGUACCAUCAAUCACUCUCCCGGUGCCAUUAGAUGUAAUUAAGCACGAACAAGAACUUGAUGGAAAAUCAACUGCUAUUCAUGCCAGAGUACUCGCAGAGAACGAUGUAGCGAUUUAUAACUGGCAAGAAAUACCAACGUAUGAAAAUCCUGAACGAGUUCUUAUGCUUUUUCCAGGACCAGAUGCAAAAACACUGGAUCAAAUUCCACGCGAAUCAUUUGAUCGUAUUAUAGUCAUUGACGGUACCUGGCGUCAAGCAAAACGCAUGGUACGCGAAACUCCUCAGCUAGGCCUCAUGCAAAAGGUUACUAUCGAACCUCGCCAGACAUACUUUUGGCGCUACCAGCAAUUGAGCGAAAAUUACCUGGCCACCAUUGAAGCCAUCUAUUAUCUCUACCGUGAAUUUGCAGAGACUUAUGAGACACCGGAUGGAUACGAUGGUCGCUAUGACAACCUGAUGUUCUAUUAUCGAUUCUUCUAUGAACUCAUCCAGGACUAUUACAAAGAAAAGACUCAAAAGAAAUUCACCCAUCGACACAAACGCGAUUAUAUUCAAUACGAAUCAAAUGAAAAGGAAGCAAGCGAACCAAAAUGA